AUGUUUGCUGCUGGUAAGCCGGUCUGGUACCUUCCGCUUGCGGUCACGUUCUCAGCGGCACUUCUGUUCGCCCUUGUACUUGGCUACGAUCGAUACAUCUUCGCCCACAGUCGGGACCACUACCUCGAGAGCUUCACCAGUUUUCUAUCGGCAGAUACCAUUGCUGCAUUAAGAGAGGACGCAAGACUUCACCAUGCCAUUCUUGGUCUCACCGAAACGAUUGCGCAGACCUCGAGCGAUAUCGGACAGAGAUACGGCAUCGGAAGCAUGAGGAACUUCGGAACGACAUUGACAGAGAGCAUUUCAGAGCUCCGUAAGAGAGAUGAUGGCAUACACCAGAAGCGCGGGAUGCUGGAAGAUAUGAACCAAGCCAUGGGGAGGGUCUUAGGAUUAAAUACCACCGGAGGCCUGAGUUGCUUCAUAGGGAACCUCAGCGCCGCCUUUACAGAAGGCCUGGCGACUCCUGCGCUAUUCCUGGGCAUCGGCAACGUAGGAACUGGAAUAGCCGGACAAAUUGCACCAGCGCUUGGUGCAAUGGACACGUCUCUUGGACCUGCUGCGUUUGCCUUUGCUGCUGGCAUUGGAAACUCGACAGCGAAAGCUCUAAACCUGACAUCCCAGGUAUUUCUCCCGUCUACUGAUUCAGGAUUCCAAGCGGUUGCAGGCAAUCUUGGCCUAGGUUUGAGCACACCAAUCGUCUCGAAUAUCGACUUCCAAGCGGUGAUGAGAAGUGCGGUAGACAGCGGACUCGGGGCCUCUCUUCUACAACAGCUGCCUCAAAUUGCAGCUGCCGCCGGCAACGGUCUAGGGGAAGGUGCGAAGAAUGGACUGCGACUCGGAUCGAGCCAAGCUCAGCCUAUGAGCCUAGUGCAAAAACGCCAGUCCACAAACCCGCUCCAAGGAAUCGACGUUCCUGGAACUGUCACCCAAUUUACCAAAGGUCUGGGCCAGUCGCUUCUUACUGGUGUCGAUAUCACAAACCUAGCGAGCAAACUCAAUCUCACCGGCAGCCUUGGAAGCAUGGUCGACCCCAGCAUGUUUCCAGCAGUAGCAUCAGGCGCUGGAUCUGGAAUUGGAAUGGGCCUUGCAAUUGGACUUCAAUUCAAGCCGCCAAACGCCCCGUCUCUCAUUGCGCAAAGCGGCAACGCGAGCCGCGAUGACAUGCAGGCGGCCACCAUAGCCGAAACCUUUACGCAGAACCUCGUCUCUAACUUCCUGUUCAACAGCACCAUUUUGAAAUCCUUCGGCUCCAUGAUCUCGAACAGCACACCACAGAUUCUCAAGGAUGCUGAUGCAGCCAAAACUGCUGAGGGAUUCGCUCGAGGAGCCAUCGAGGGAAUCUCUACUGCUUUGUCCUCCGUUGGGGGUCUACAGAAUCUUUUGAGUGGUGAUUUCUCAGAUAAUGCGUUGAUGAAUGUCCCUGUGUUGAGCGCAACAAAGUUCAACGAUUCGAUAAAUGGCUCUGCUGUAUCUUUUGCUAGAGGCUUCAUGGGCGAAGGCACAAUCCUCAUUGGUGAUAUUUUGAGAAAGAUGAACAGAAACGCGAACACCACAGGGUCGGCACUGGCAAGUCGAGACGUGGCUGUGUCCCCCGAGGAAGCGGCAAUCGUACCAUACAAUGCCCUCAGCGUGCGCCAAGCUCCAGAUAAUAACAGUCCGAUGUCGUCUCUCCCACGAGCGAUCAAUGAGGCAACACUCAUGAUGGGUGGUCAGUUGGCUAUAGACAAACUUACGUGCCAGGGUAUAGGCGGGCUUGCUUCUGCAGUCCUAGGAGCGAUGAAUGCUAGCAAGAACAACAAAAACGCGGUGAAUGCAACCAGUAUUCCUCUCGAUCCGCAAGUUCUAGGCUCCUUGCCGCAGGGCCCAGUUGAAUUUACAUCGGAAGGGAACACAUUCAGAAUCGUGCUUAAGGACGCAACAAUCUCGGUGAAUGGACUGGCACUCAUCCCCUUCGGUAUCCUCACGGCAUUACAUGUACUGUUCAUCAUGCUGGCAUUUCUACUUACACUACCUUUGUACCUCAUUCUUGGCGUUGUCUGGCGCCUCUCGAUUCUGGCUGGCCACCCUGUCAACGAAGUCAAGAACAAGAAAUGGCGACUGGGUUUACUGAUCACGUUCGGAAUUUCAGCUGUCACUGGCAUUACACUUGGGAUCGUUGGCAUGGGGAACUCUCGUCAUUUCAGAGAUCCACACGGCAUCUUCGGUCUGGUGGCUCUGAUAUUAGUCUUCCCCACGGUCGGCCUGACUAUCGCUCGCCUCCGUUCUGAGGCUCUCUACCCCUUAUCUGCCGCUUUCGUUGGCCUCAAAGCACCGUUCGCGCUGCUGAAGUCGCCUGACCAGAAAAUAUACAUCAUCAGUGGCAUAUUCGUCCAACUCUCUUUCGCGGUCGGCCAGCUCACAUUCAUCAAUGGCUUCUCCACACUAAGGUCAAUAUCGCUCUGCGUAGUUGAUGCGGUUCUGACGUCAAACACUGUUGCGGGUCUUAUGGGGCUCUUAUUGAUGGUGCAGGUCACUGCUGCAGGCAUGGUCGGCAUUCGCACAUGGCUCGAGCAACACAUUGCCAAGCGCGAAAGAGCCGGCGUGCAACGCACUACCAUCAUCGAGGCUGGCGGAAUGACGCAAAAGGAGUCGACUGCAACAUUUGGUUUCGGUGGCACUCGUUCCAAAGCGCCGCCUCCUCUCAACCUUGAGCGUCCCGCAUUUACCCAGCGUAACACCGAGGACCUGCAAGGCUUCGCGGAUGGGACGAUCAGUACGCCAUUCAACGUUCGUAACGAAGGCGUCACCGAAUCUAAGGACUUCGAAAACCCGCGUCAACUAACUCGGCAGCCCUCGGGGAGAAAUAAUCCCUUCCUGUCGCCAGCCGAGCAGCGUGACCUCGAAGAAAGAGUCUAUCCCAAGACGGCUGAAUAUCAAUACACCUACGCGUCCGCGAUAGACGACGCCACAGACUACUACAAUGUCCCCGCUGGGUACCAACCGCGACCCGAGGUCAGCUCAGGCCGUCCAUCGUCAGAGCUCAUCGACCCACUACGCUCGCCUCUACCUCCUGGGUUACGGGCAGCGCAAAAUGGUUACCCAGACCCUCCCCGAGUCUACGGGUCGCCACCUAAGACGGAGGGUGUCACGCUAGCGGAUCUGUUUCCACCACCACCUCCGCCGCCGAUGGAUGCGCAGAUGCAACUGACCGCUAAGAGUGUGACGAGUAGCUAUUCAAGGCCUUUUAACGAGGGACGGAGGCCUAGUAGUGAUGCAUUCCGGGGGUAUGGUAGUGGGCCGGGAGAUACAGUAAGGACGAGACGCUAUAGCUAG